CUUAAUGGUGGUUUUGACGGUCCUAUUGAACCUGGCUUCAGCAAUAUCAUCUUCGUAAUACCUGGGGUUGUUGUGGUCGGCCUCGCCGGAUGUGGAUGAUGCUCGCGAGUGGUCUUCAGGGUGUAGCAUCUGUGAGCGCGGACGAUGCAGCUACACAGCAAGAAGCUUCCGAUGAAGGUCAAGGGAUUCCUCAAUUCGACGGGAAACUUCCUACGCCGCAGCAACUUCUUGACAUGCUCGAUUCGAUGACUGGUUUAUCGGAGGAAGAAAAAGCCACGCUCAGAGAGGACUUGCUGAAAAAUAUACAACAACAAGGGACUGAUUUACCCGCAGGAGGAAACAAUUUAACUGUGCAGACCAUGAUUCUCCUUUCUUUGCUGGCUUUAGUCGCUUUAAUCUUUGUGUUCUUCGUCUACAAAUUAUUUAAGUGUCUAUCCGAGAGGCAAAUGAAGCGGGAGGAAAAGAAGAAAAACAAACAGAUGAAGAAGAAAAAGUAACGAGGAGGACUAUCGUAAAUUCGUGACCGUGUUAUUGCGUUUAAUAACAUCUUUACAGAUUAUUAUGACGUAUUCUAUUUUUUGUUAAAUGAAACAAUAUAUUUACUAAGAGUAAAAGGCUAGAUUUUAUUUAUUUUUUCGUGUUCCUUGUAAACAUAAUGAUUAUACAUUUUGGCAUCAGAGAAUAUUUGUUGUGCCGUUUCCUGACGAUACAUGACACUCGUGGAAUUCCUCUAUCGGAGUAUAACAGAAGAGCAUGCAGUUUGACCGAGUUUUACUUAAUUUUUAUAUUACAUCUAGAUUAAAAUACGUAAGAAUAAACAGUUCCCUCACGUAUACCAUUAACUAAUUGUUAUACAGAGUUAAAGAAAACAAAGUCGGAACGCGUUUCGUAUCGCAUUGAGCAUUGUGAUGUUACAUCAAUUUAGACGUAAAGAUACGCUUCAUUCCACGUAAAAUACAGAACAAUAUUGGUAGCUGUAUCAUACGGAAUUGUUACCAACGUUUGAGAUUAACAGGUUCUUUAAAAAAAAAA